CAAGGACUCCGGACAGCUGCCGCAGUGCACAGAGAGAGCAGGCGCUGUGCGUGCGCAGGGGCGGACGCCAAGUCGCUGCUUGCGCGCCCCCGCCUGGGGCUAUAAAAGCCUUGCCACCUGCUGCCCUAGCUACGCAGCGCAUCCGCUUGCCCGGAGGAACCAAGCUACAGUCUCUCGCGGCUACUGGCCUAGCUAUGGACCCUGAGACCUGCCCCUGUCCUACUGGUGGUUCCUGCACCUGCUCGGACAAAUGCAAGUGCAAGGGCUGCAAAUGCACGAACUGCAAGAAGAGCUGCUGCUCCUGCUGCCCUGCCGGAUGUGAGAAGUGUGCCAAGGACUGUGUGUGCAAAGGUGAAGAGGGGGCCAAGGCAGAGGCGGAGAAAUGCAGCUGCUGUCAGUGAGGACUCCAGUCCCUCCCACACAGCCUAUGUAAAUAGUGCUGGGUGUCCCUGGUGGGGCAUGGUUGUUGUCCCCCUUCCUGGCUGCCUGCUCGGGGUGUGAAUAAAUCCCAUGCACAGCCUGAA